AUGGCAGCAAUGGAUGCUAAAUUGUGGUAUGUGGGUCUUGUUUUUUUAAGUAUUGCUGGUACUUUGAGUCUUGUUGUUGGAGGAGGUGAUGUUGGGUAUAAUGGUGAUAAUGGGGAUGAUAAUCAUUGUUUAUAUAGAAGUUGGCGAAGUUGUGGUAGUUUCUUUGGUGGUGGAGGUAGAGGAGGAGGAGGUGGUGGGGGUGGAGGAGGUGGUGCUUCAAGUAAUGGUAUUGGAUAUGGAGAGGGGCAUGGUGUAGGAGGAGGAGCAAGCAUAGGAGGAGAAGGAGGUGGCGGUGGAGGCGGAGGAGGUGGUGGCGGUGGUGGUGUUAGUAAAGGGUCUAGUGGAGGUUAUGGCCAUGGUAAUGGUUAUGGUGCAGGUGUUGGUGUUGGUGGUGCAAGUGGAAGUGGAAGUGAUGGGACAUCAAGUGGUUGCGGCGGAGGAGGGGGUGGUUUUGGGAUAGCUGGCAUUGAAGGAGGAGGAGGAGGUGGUGGUGAAGGCAGGGGUGGAGGUGGUGGAAAUGGAGGAGAAGGAUAUGGACAUGGGGAAGGCAUGGGAAUGGGAAUGGGAGGGGGUUCAAAUGUUGAGAAAGGACGUGGUGGUGGCAAAGGUAACAUGGGAUUUGGUAUGGGAAUGGGAAUGGGAAUGGGAAUGGGCAUUGGGGUUGGUUUUGGACCAGGAACAAGUGGAGUUAAAGAUACAAGUACUGAACAUGGUCAUCCUUAG